AUGACUGACGAUGUUUCGACUAUAGUGACGAAUCUCGUCACGGCUAUCGACACAGAAAGAACAGAUGUAAUUUGUUCAGUUUUGUCGGAAUUGAAAAAAUAUACACAUGACCCGGAAAUUCUGCCCAAAGUCCUGAAUGGGCUGCAUACUCCUCAUGGAACACUGCUGCACUAUGCUACAAAGCAUGGCAAGGUGGACAAAGUGAGAGCUUUACUGGCUGGAGGAGCAGAUCCAGGAGUACAGAACAAGGAGGGACUGCUGCCAUUGGACUUGGCUACAGAUCAGAUCAGAACUGUUUACAAUGAAGAGCUUCUGAAGGCAACUGCUCAGUCAAAUUUAGGCCGUGUUUGUCAGCUGUUGGCGGCUGGAGUCAGCAUCAAGUUGACAGACAGCCCAGAGAUGUUGAACACUCCAUUACACUGGGCUGUUUGCCAUGGAAACAGAGAUAUGGUUCAGUGUUUAUGUGCCCGUGGAGCCGACUUGAAUGUGUACAAUGCAAGAGGUCUGACUCCACUUCAUGAGGCCGUUAAGAGAGGCGACGCAGGCAUUGUAGAAGAACUCCUUAAUUAUGGGGCUAACAUUGACCUUCAAGUUACCACAGGAGAAAAUGUGGGACAGACAGCUAUGGAUCUAGCUGAAGGACAUGAGUCACUGUUACAAGUCUUGCGGGCUCCUAGACAUCUUCUGGAGCCUGUCAGCAAAAUCACCCAUGACUUUG